AUGACGAAUCCUGGUAGAAAUUUCGAAACAAUGAAGAAAUUCGAUGAAAGUUUUCGCCAUCAGUCUCUUAAAUUAUUUGAUAAAUUUCGUAAGAAUCGAUAUUCUCCGAAAUCAACUCCUGAAGGCGCAGUAAAACUGAAUGAUGUUUGCAAUACUAUGGCCGCGGAAGAAGACAAUCCAUCGACUCCGAUACCCACCAACCCUGAAGAUUUAACAAUGAGACGUCGAUCAUCAUUAACAUUACCUCUUGAAUUUCAGUUGCAAGCGAAUACUAUUUUAAAACCUAAAGGAAUAUUGAAAUUGUCUGACAGAACCUAUUCUGCAUCCAAUAUCUGCUGUAAUUCUCCAAAAAAACAGGAAAAUCCUCGAUAUACUAAUUCAAUAGCGCAAUCGAAGCAUGAAAACAAUAACGAAAACCAACCGAGAUCAGAUUCGGACUGUAGUAAUCCAUCUACGCCGUCGAUUUCAACAAAACUGGCGAUGCAGAAUCUCAGUAAAUAUCGCAGAAAGAAAUUCAAUCCUGAUAAUUUAGCUGAUUCAGUCGUGUCCGAAGCUAAGAGCAACGCAAAGGCAAACGAGUGCGCGUUGAAAUUUCGUCUUGCUGGUCAAUUGAAAAGUAACAGUCGCAAUUAA